CCACGAUCGUCACUUUCAACAAAACCUCAAGCCUUAACCACACAAAUAUUCUUUUGUUCUGUUGUUGAAUUUACUGGGACUUGCUAGAGCUUGGAGACCAUGCAAGAGGACCCCGGAAAUGAAACAGAGUCAUUUCUGCAACACAUCGAUGACAAGGACAGCGACGACGUGGAAUUAGACGUCUUACAGGACAUUCUAGUCACACCUCGGGCAACCUACAGGACGGCUGGAUAUGACCCGCAGGACUUUGACGAUGAUGCAGAGCAUAUUGACGAUGGAAGCGAUGCUCUAUUGGGUUCAGGUGGAAGAACCAGGGGAAACGAACGGAUACCGUCUGGCGCAGGAAGGGUCUGGUCACAAAUCGGUAGCAUUGUUGUCGAAUGUGCACCCACGCUUCUUAUGACUACCAUAAGCCUCCUAUUCACCGGGGAACUCCUUGACCGUGUGUCACGUUGGCGAGCGAUGAGCACCAUCGAUGAGCUGAUAAUGAUCAUUCCUGUCGUCUUAAAUCUCAAAGGCAACCUAGAAAUGAAUCUAUCCGCUAGAAUGGGAACUGCGGCUAAUAUGGGCGGGCUAGACGACAGGAGCGCACAACGAAAGAUUGUGGGUGGUAAUAUGGCACUAUUACAAGUGCAAGCGAUUGUCGUCGCAUUUGUCGCAGCUUGUGUCUCGAUGCUCCUCGGUCUUUUGGUCCCAGAGCUAUCUUCGGGUCCUGUAGACCCUUUUCCACAGAACAGCACCCUAUCGCUCAUUGUUAGGGUGCCUCGGCCGACACCGCCUUCAGGUGGGAAACCGAAGUCUGGUUUGAUCGAAUUCACGAUGGUGGCCGCUUCAGCUAUGAUGUCCACAUGUCUCUCAAGCAUUACCCUCGGUUCCUUCAUGUGUUUUCUGGUUAUCAUGUGUCGAAGGUAUGGGCGUGACCCAGAUAAUAUUGCGCCCCCAAUAGCAUCGUGUCUCGGAGACUUGGUUACACUCAGCAUUUUUGGUAUCAUCUCUUCUAUACUCAUCAACGUUGUCAAUACUCCCAUUCCUCUCAUUUGUGUCAUACUCACCAUUCUCUCUGCCACGUUAUGCGUGUUCCUGGUGAGGCGUAACAGCAGUGUCAAGGAUCUUAUCUAUCAAGGCUGGGUCCCACUCUUUGGUGCAAUGGUAAUUUCUUGCGCGACUGGUAUCGUGCUGGACAUGUUUGCCUCUCGUUAUCAAGGAUUCCCUCUUCUUGCUAUCGCUAUCAGUGGGCUUCCUGGCAGUGUUGGGUCCAUAUUUAUUUCCCGACUAUCGACUGCUCUUCAUGCAACAUCUGCGAACACAUGUCUGCACAAAAGUGGACCUUCUUCAAAGCUUGUCAUGGUCACAUUGACUGUCAUCACAAUUCCCAUAGAGAUUUUGUUCCUCUGUACUCUACGCGCGUUUGGGUGGCUAAAAUUACCGAUCAUAUUUGCUGUAUUCUCAGUUCUAUUUUUUUGUUGUGCAGUCGUCACCUCAUUGGUUAUAGCUCGAUGGUUGACCGAUUUCUUAUGGUCCAAAGGCCUUGACCCUGAUACAUAUGCUCUACCCAUCCACUCUGCCCUGAUGGAUCUGAUAGGGCAAUUACUCCUUGUGUUGUGCUUCGAGAUCGUCUCGCUUUUGGGCAUGAAUUUGUAAAUCCAGAUAUUGUAAAUACUACACAAAAGCUGU